AUGUCAGAUUCUGACCAAUCCAUAAAAGUUCUAGGUGAAUUGCUCGAAAAGUUGUCAGUUGCCACUGCUGAAAACAGAGAGGCUACUGCAACUGAAAUUGCAUCCUUCUUGAACGGUAACAUCAUCGAGCAUGAUGUUCCAGAAGAGUUCUUCAAGAACUUGAAGAAGGCUGUUGGUGAUAAAAAAACUGCCGCAGCAGCUUUAGAGGCUAUUGCUCACAUCGCAAAUGAGUCUAACUUGUCUCCAUCAGUUGAACCAUACAUUGUUGACAUGGUUCCUGAUAUCUGCGGUAAGUGUGGUGAUAAGGAUAAAGACAUCCAAGCUAUUGCAUCUAAGACUUUGUUGGCUAUAACAAAGGCUAUUGAUGCUGUGGCUGUAAAGGUUAUUUUGCCUCACAUGACAAAUGCUCUAAACAGCACUAGUAAGUGGCAAGAAAAGGUUUCUAUUUUGGCUGCUAUCUCUUCUUUGGUCGAGUCCUGCAAAACUCAAGUUGCCUUAAGAAUGCCUGAGUUGAUCCCAGCGCUAUCCGAGGCUAUGUGGGAUACUAAGAAGGAAGUCAAGCAGGCGGCUACUGCCACCAUGACUAAGUCCACUGAAACUGUUGAAAACAAGGAUAUCGAGCGUUUCAUUCCAAAGUUGAUCGAAUGUAUCGCUGAUCCUAAGGAAGUUCCAGAAACCGUGCACUUGUUGGGUGCUACUACUUUCGUUACUGAAGUUACUCCAGCUACCUUAUCUAUUAUGGUUCCAUUGUUGAACAGAGGUUUGGCUGAGAGAGAAACAUCUAUCAAGCGUAAGGCUGCCGUUAUUAUUGACAACAUGUGUAAGUUGGUCGAAGACCCACAAGUUGUUGCUCCUUUCUUGGAGAAGUUGUUGCCUGGUUUGAAGAACAACUUUGCUACUAUUGCUGACCCAGAAGCCCGUGAAGUUACUUUGAGGGGUUUGAAGACCUUGAGACGUGUCGGUAACGUUAGCGAAGACGAUGUCUUGCCAGAGGUUUCUCACGCCGGUGAUGUUGCUACCACCAGAGCCGUGUUCGAUGAGUUGACCAAGGACAAGACCAUCGAGCCAAGAUUUGCUCCAGUUGUUGAAUACAUUGCUGGUAUUGCUGGUGAAUUGAUCGAUGAAAGAAUCAUUGACCAACAAGCUUGGUUCACUCAUGUUACCCCUUACAUGACUGUCUUCAUGCACGAGAGAGAAGCUAAGGACAUCAUCGACGAGUUCAGAAAGAGAGCCGUUGACAACAUUCCAGUUGGUCCAAACUUUGACGACGAGGAAGACGAAGGUGAGGACUUGUGUAACUGUGAGUUCUCUUUGGCCUACGGUGCUAAGAUCUUGUUGAACAAGACCCAAUUGAGAUUGAAGAGAAGCAGAAUAUAUGGUUUGUGUGGUCCUAACGGUGCUGGUAAGUCUACCUUGAUGAGAGCUAUUGCUAACGGUCAAGUCGAUGGUUUCCCAACCCAAGAAGAAUGUAGAACUGUCUACGUCGAGCACGAUAUUGACGGUACUCAAGCUGAUACCUCUGUUCUUGACUUCGUUUAUCAAGGUGACGUUGGUACUAAGGAGGUCAUUACUGAGAAGUUGAGAGAAUUCGGUUUCUCCGACGAAAUGAUUGCUAUGCCAAUUAUGUCCUUGUCUGGUGGUUGGAAGAUGAAGUUGGCUUUGGCCAGAGCUGUGUUGAAGAACGCAGACAUCUUGUUGUUGGAUGAACCAACCAACCAUUUGGACACUGUUAACGUUGCUUGGUUAGUCAACUACUUGAAGACCUGUGGUAUUACUUCUAUCGUUGUUUCUCACGACUCUGGUUUCUUGGACAACGUCUGUCAAUACAUUAUCCACUACGAAGGUUUGAAGUUGAGAAAGUACAAGGGUAACUUGUCCGAAUUCGUCAAAAAGUGCCCAAGUGCUAAGUCUUACUACGAAUUGGGUGCAUCUGAAUUGGAAUUCAGAUUCCCAGAGCCAGGUUACUUGGAAGGUGUUAAGACCAAGCAAAAGGCUAUCGUCAAGGUCUCUAACAUGAGUUUCCAGUACCCAGGUACUUCUAAGCCACAAAUCUCCGGAAUUAACUUCCAGUGUUCUUUGUCCUCCAGAAUUGCAGUUAUUGGUCCAAACGGUGCUGGUAAGUCUACUUUGAUCAACGUCUUGACCGGUGAACUAUUGCCAACUGAAGGUGAAGUCUACACCCACGAGAACUGUAGAAUUGCUUACAUUAAACAACACGCUUUUGCACAUAUUGAAAGCCAUUUGGACAAAACUCCAUCCGAAUAUAUCCAAUGGAGAUUCCAAACUGGUGAAGAUAGAGAAACUAUGGACAGAGCUAACAGACAGAUCAACGAGGAUGACACUCAAUCUAUGAACAAGAUCUUCAAGAUUGAUGGUACUCCAAGAAGAAUCGCUGGUAUUCACUCCAGAAGAAAGUUCAAGAACACUUACGAGUACGAAUGUUCUUUCAUGUUGGGUGAAAACCUUGGUAUGAAGUCCGAGAGAUGGGUCCCAAUGAUGUCUGUUGACAACGCUUGGUUGCCAAGAGGUGAAUUGAUCGAAUCCCACGCUAAGAUGGUUGCUGAAGUCGACAUGAAGGAAGCUUUGGCUUCCGGUCAAUUCAGACCUUUGACCAGAAAGGAAAUCGAAGAGCACUGUAGUAUGUUGGGUUUGGAUGCUGAAUUGGUCUCCCACUCCAGAAUUAGAGGUUUGUCCGGUGGUCAAAAGGUCAAGUUGGUCUUGGCUGCUUGUACCUGGCAAAGACCUCACUUGAUUGUCUUGGAUGAACCUACCAACUAUUUGGACAGAGACUCUUUGGGUGCUUUGUCCAAGGCUUUGAAGGCUUUCGAAGGUGGUGUCAUCAUCAUUACCCACUCUGCUGAGUUCACUAAGAACUUGACCGAAGAAGUCUGGGCCGUCAAGGACGGUUUGAUGACUCCAUCCGGUCACAACUGGGUCAGCGGUCAAGGUUCUGGUCCAAGAAUCGAGAAGAAGGAAGAUGAAGAAGACAAGUUCGAUGCUAUGGGUAACAAGAUUUCUGGUGGUAAGAAGAAGAAGAAGCUAUCAUCUGCUGAAUUGAGAAAGAAGAAGAAGGAGAGAAUGAAGAAGAAGAAGGAGUUGGGUGACGCAUAUGUUUCGUCUGACGACGAGUUGUAA